AUGUCACCCCGUCCUUUAACCAGUCCCAGUGUCAUCCUGUCCUUCAUCCAGUCCCCAUCUCACCCUGUCCUUCAUCCAGUCCCCCAUCUCACCCUGUCCUUUAUCCAGUCCCCAUCUCACCCUGUCCUUCACCCAGUCCCCAUGUCACCCUGUCCUUCAUCCAGUCCCCAUCUCACCCUGUCCUUCAUCCAGUCCCCAUCUCACCCUGUCCUUCAUCCAGUCCCCAUCUCACCCUGUCCUUCAUCCAGUCCCAAUCUCACGCUGUCCUUCAUCCAGUCCCCAUGUCACCCUGUCCUUCAUCCAGUCCCCAUCUCACCCUGUCCUUCAUUCAGUCCCCAUCUCACCCUGUCCUUCAUCCAGUCCCCAUGUCACCCUGUCCUUCAUCCAGUCCCCAUCUCACGCUGUCCUUCAUCCAGUCCCAAUGUCACUCCGUCCUUUAUCCAGUCCCCAUGUCACCCUGUCCUUCAUCCAGACCCCAUCUCACCCUGUCCUUCAUCCAGUCCCCAUGUCACCCUGUCCUUCAUCCAGUCCCCAUCUCACGCUGUCCUUCAUCCAGUCCCAAUGUCACUCCGUCCUUUAUCCAGUCCCCAUGUCACCCUGUCCUUCAUCCAGUCCCAAUGUCACUCCGUCCUUCAUCCAGUCCCAAUCUCACGCUGUCCUUCAUCCAGUCCCCAUGUCACCCUGUCCUUCAUCCAGUCCCCAUCUCACCCUGUCCUUCAUUCAGUCCCCAUCUCACCCUGUCCUUCAUCCAGUCCCCAUGUCACCCUGUCCUUCAUUCAGUCCCCAUCUCACCCUGUCCUUCAUUCAGUCCCCAUCUCACCCUGUCCUUCAUCCAGUCCCCAUGUCACCCUGUCCUUCAUCCAGACCCCAAUCUCACCCCGACCUUUAUCCAGUCCCCAUGUCACCCCGUCCUUUAUCCAGUCCCAGUGUCACCCUGUCCUUCAUCCAGUCCCCCAUGUCACCCUGUCCUUCAUCCAGUCCCCAUGUCACCCUGUCCUUCAUCCAGUCCCCAUGUCACCCCGUCCUUCAUCCAGUCCCCCAUCUCACCCUGUCCUUCAUCCGCUCCCCCAUCUCACCCUGUCCAUCCAGUCCCCAUCUCACCCUGGUUCCUUCAUCCAGUCCCAAUCUCACCCUUUUUCCUUCAUCCAGUCCCCAUCUCACCCAGACCUUCAUCCAUUCGUCCAAUUUACGACGUUGUCAAGAGGGGACACAGUUAGUUCAGGUAUUGGUAGAGAAGUGACUGGAAAGGGCGACAACAAUACUCCAAGACAGCUCCAAGUAACAUAA